UUAUUCGGAGAACAUUGAAUAUGUUAGUAUUUGCUUGUCCUUAUCAAUCUCGUUUAAGUGUAAAAUAGUCUUUCAAAAGAAAGGCGCCUGCUAGCGGUGAUGUUGAGAACAGUGUUCCAGUUGUCAUUAGUCUCCAGACCGGUAUCCAGGCUGAUCAAGUCUCAGAUCCGUUCCACAGCUAAGUAUUCAUCUGUACACGACUUUACGGUCCAGAACCUACAGGGGGAACCUGUUUCUUUGUCAAAAUACAAAGGAAAGGUUAUCCUGAUUGAGAAUGUUGCAUCUCUAUGAGGCACAACUGUCAGGGAUUACACCCAGAUGAAUGAGCUCAUGGACAAGUACAGUCAAAAAGGGCUCGUAAUUUUGGGUUUUCCCUGCAAUCAGUUUGGCCAUCAAGAGAACUGCAAAAAUGAUGAGAUUCUCAACUCACUAAAGUAUGUUCGUCCAGGAAAUGGCUUUGUUCCCAAAAUAGACAUCUUUAGUAAAAUGGAUGUCAAUGGUUCAACAGCAGACCCAUUGUUUGCCUAUCUGAAGACGGAACUGUCUCUACCACACCCAGAUGGUGCUGUAGGUACAUUAAUGGCCGACCAGAGAUAUGUGAUUUGGAACCCAGUUUGCCGCAAUGACAUCUCUUGGAAUUUUGAGAAGUUUUUGGUAGAUCGCAAUGGAAAGCCAUUUAAACGUUAUGCUCGUUCAUUUGAAACUAAGGAUAUAUCUCCUGACAUAGAGAAACUCCUAAACAAUUAGGCUAUUCUUUCUUUUUAUACUUUUUUCAAUUAUCUCAAUGUUUACCAAUUACUUUUUUACACAGUUUGAAUAAGUGAUAUCACCACUUACAGAGACAGCAUGAUAGCAUUUACUGAAAUUUUUAAAAGUACAUGCUUGAUGAACGUUUCUCUUGUAAUAUUUUCAAAAACUGGUUGUAAAUAGUUUUCAGUUUGGGAGACCUCUGGGUAAAGAGCUUGAUAACAUAGUAGUGGUUUGUGUUUAUGACAGCAAUCACAGAAAGCUUUUGGCAUUGUGAUUGCUUGAUGCUACAGCAACAACCAUUGCUGGUGCGACAACAAAAUUAGCUGCCAAACUGCAACUAGACUGAUGCUCAAGGUUGUGUUGAACAAAUAAAUUGCUCUUAAAGUAAUGUCUUCAA